AUGGAGAGUAUAUUAGACUUCUCGCAGGAUCUUGACGUUGAGAAGCUAGAUGCUGUCGUAAAAACGUUUUAUACGGGGAUUGGGCAGGAGCAACAUAUGGCCCAGCAAGUCCUCACACAAUUCCAAGAGAACGCUGAUGCUUGGUUAAGAGUUGACUCUAUUCUCUCCCAGUCAAAAUUCCAACAUACAAAAUUUCUUGCUCUUCAAAUCUUGGAAAAACUCAUCUCGACACGAUGGAAGAUCCUUCCGGCGGAACAAAGAAUGGGAAUUCGUAACUUUAUUGUGAACAUUAUAAUUGAUACCUCUGAAAACGAGAAAACUUUACGAUCGGAAAAAACUUACCUCAACAAGUUGAACUUAAUAUUAAUCCUAAAGCAAGAAUGGCCACACAAUUGGCCACAAUUUAUUCCUGAGAUUGUAAAUACCGGCAGAGCGAACCUAAACAUCUGCGAGAAUAACAUGGCCAUUCUCAAACUAUUAAGCGAGGAGAUAUUCGAUUAUUCAGCAGAACAGAUGACUCAAGAUAAAACAACAAAUCUAAAGACUCAGAUGUGCAAUGAAUUUUCCAAAGUCUUUGAAUUGUGUAACGAAGUCUUGGAAAAGGCGCAACAACCGAGUCUCAUAAGGGCUACGCUUGAGACACUUUUGCGAUUUUUAAAUUGGAUUCCAUUGGGAUAUAUAUUCGAGACCAAUAUUAUUGAAAAUCUGCGCACAAGGUUUUUACAAACGACGGAAUUUCGAAAUGUGGCGUUGAAAUGUUUGACCGAGAUUGGUGCGCUGAAAGUCGGCAGCGAAUACGAUAACAAGUUCAUCGUACUAUUCAAUAUGGUCGUUGCGUCAGUCUCGGUGAUGAUUCCGAUGAAUACAGACAUUUCUACCGUGUAUCAACAAAGUUCUAAUGAUGAACAAGAGUUUAUUCAAAACUUGGCACUGUUCUUUACGAGUUUUCUUGGCGUACAUCUCAAGUUAUUGGAAAAUGACGCAAACCGAGAAGUCUUAAAUAUAGCCCAUUGGUAUUUAAUAAAAAUCACGCAAGUAGAAGAACGGGAGAUUUUCAAAGUCUGUUUAGAGUAUUGGACAAAGAUGGUCGGGGAACUGUUUGAGGAAAUAAGAAACUUGCCUGUUCUUGAUAUGCCUCUUCUGUCACUAUCCUCGACUGCAAGUUCGGCACCAUCUGCACUAGCUAAUAUUCCACUUCGCAAACACUACUACUCGGACAUCUUGACGAAUCUUCGUGUAGUGAUGAUAGAUCGUAUGGUGAAACCAGAAGAGGUUCUCGUCGUGGAAAAUGACGAAGGCGAAGUAGUCCGCGAGUUUAUGAAGGACUGCGAUACCAUCAUGCUUUAUAAGAGUAUGCGCGAAUGCUUAGUAUAUCUUACCCACUUAGACGUCCAUAAUACCGAAAUCAUUAUGACAGAGAAACUAAACAGACAGGUUGACGGAUCAGAAUGGUCAUGGAAUAACUUGAAUAAACUCUGUUGGGCUAUUGGAUCUAUAUCCGGCGCGAUGAAUGAGGAUACGGAGAAACGAUUCUUGGUGACUGUCAUCAAAGAACUUUUGGGUCUUUGCGAGGCUAAGCGGGGAAAAGACAACAAAGCCAUAGUGGCAUCCAACAUUAUGUACAUCGUUGGACAGUAUCCUCGGUUCCUCAAGGCUCAUUGGAAGUUCCUUAAGACUGUUGUUAACAAAUUAUUCGAAUUCAUGCAUGAGACACACGAAGGUGUACAGGAUAUGGCAUGCGAUACUUUCAUGAAGAUAGCCCAGAAAUGUCGACGUCAAUUCGUUCAAGUGCAACAAGGCGAACACUCUGCGUUUGUCGAAGAAAUUAUUCUCAGCGUAGACAAGAUUACGAUGGAUCUGUCUCAUCAACAGGUACAAACUUUCUAUGAAGCCGUUGGUUAUAUGAUUGCUUCCCAAACGAAUAAGAACACGCAAGAAAAGUUGAUCAUAAAAUUCUUUGAACCACCGAAUUAUGUUUGGGACCAAAUAAUAGACGAAAUCUCUCGCAACGUGGAAAUACUUAAUCGAGCAGAGACAAUCAAGUCUCUUGGUCACGUCCUCAAAGUUAAUGUUGCGGCAUGCAGCUCUAUUGGUUCGGGGUAUCAAGUACAGCUUGCAAGAAAUUAUGUUGCCCUUUUACGUCUUUAUGAAUGUGUCAGUGGAAUGGUGUCAGCGAGUGUAGCGAAAGAUGGUAGCAUUGCAACAAGAACGCCCCGAAUAAGAGGUUUUCGUACUAUUAAAAAAGAGACACUGAAGCUGAUGGAAAGCUAUAUUUUAAAAGCAGAGGAUUUAACUCAAGUAUCACAACAUUUAAUACCGCCAUUGCUCGAGGCCGUUCUUGUUGACUAUAGUAAAAACGUUGAACAAGCCCGAGAUGCAGAGGUCCUCAGUGUGAUGGCUACGAUAAUCACUCGUUUAGGGGGACUGAUUACUGCCGAAGUUCCUGCAAUACUGAACGCUGUGUUCGAACCUACUCUAAACAUGAUUAAUAAGGACCUUUCGGAAUACCCGGAUCAUCGUGUUGGGUUCUUUAAACUUAUACGUGCCAUAAAUCAAUUCUGUUUCCCAGCUCUUUUGACUAUUCCACCGGCACAGUUCAAACUCAUUAUUGAUAGUAUCGUGUGGGCGUUCAAGCAUACAAUGCGGGAAAUAGCCGAUGUUGGUCUAAAUAUCUGUCUUGAGCUUAUAGAUAACAUUGCUCGGUCAGAUGCCAAUGUUGCAAAUUUCUUCUAUCAACAAUACUUAUUGAACCUCGUGCAAGAUGUGUUUUUCGUCCUCACCGAUACGGAUCACAAGAGCGGCUUCAAGUAUCAGGCUAUGGUUCUCGCGCGGAUUUUCCAAAUUGUUGAAUCGGGAGCUGUGCAAGCACCUCUGUUCAACCCAGCAGAAAUUGGGGAUCCAUCAAUGACAAACCAAAGGUUCCUCCGAGAUAAUCAAAUCACGGUCUUUGUUAAUGGAUUGUUUGCUCUCAACCAAGACUUUCUCAAGUUCAAACUUCAUCUCAGAGAUUUCCUCAUCCAGCUUAAAGAGUUCGCAGAAGACAAUGCGGAUCUAUACAUUGAUGAGCGAGAAGCGGAGAGUGAACGACAGAAACAGGCAGAUAUAGCAAAUGCUCUCAAAGUUCCUGGACUGGUGAAACCGGCUGACUUGCCAAUGGAAGAAGAAUAA